ACUGCGCACAUGCUCGCGACGAUCAUGCGCGAAUCGGACUGCGAACUCGAAUUUGAACGGUCCAAAUUUGACACUUCCGCUUUCGAAAUUCAAAAUAAAUAGUGCUGUGAAAAAAAUACCGAAUAACGUUAUUUAUUUCGUGAUUAUGACCGUAGGAUGUAUCCGACAGAUAAACAUGGACCGUUGAAGUUGAACCCGUUUGUAGCCCAAAAGAGUUUGGACCACAACAUUAUGUUGAAAACUAUACAGAACUUAUGCUAUAACAAGAAUAGUGCGCCUUUUAACAUGACAUCCCCUUUUUUGGUGGACAACAUCUUGCAUCAGCAGAAGACGGUGAACUUCCACAAUCAGUAUUUGAACCAGCAGAUUGAGAACUACGUUCUGCGGCAGAACUACGAGAGAUCUAGAGAGAAUUCCCCUGACGCUGAGGACAAUAAGAUGGCUGAAAUUGAAGACGAAAGCAACAGAAACGACGAGUCGGUUGAGGACACCAAAAUGGAGGACGAAGAUUCUAAAAGCAGAGAUGAAGAGGAAGGUUUUAAUGGCGUGAAAAAUGAGCAGGUUUAUUACAAUGGGGAUUAUUAUAGGGGCGAAGAGAGGAAUGAAAAGGAGGUUUUAAAUAUACCUAAUUUGGGGAGACGGUGCCAGAGCUGUGGUUCGUUUGAGUGCCCGCCGUUUGCGUGCAAGAAGUCUGGUAUCAGGCGCUUGGAAGAGCUGGAAAAGCGCUUCAAUUUGCACAGUUAUCAAGAUAACUCUGGGGAUGAAGCGGAGAUCAAGGACAAAGCGUUUAACACAGACGAUAUGGUUAGAAAUUGUGAGGAGUUCAGCAGCGAACAGAAGAAACCAACAUUGAAGUUCAGUGUCAGUGCCAUUUUGGGUGAUAGGGAAGACGUUUCGGCAAAAAAUAACGUUAAUGACUACCGCCAGCCAAUGAUGGGUAACCCGUGGCCGAUUGCGAAGCCCAUCGCCAGCCGACCCAUACCAGUGCAGCACCAACACCUACAACAUCUACUGGCGCACUGUCACCAUCCUUACUUGGCAGUGCGACCGACGCAAGCUCACACACAAGUCUUCCCUUUACCUGGUGGCUUCCCUUGGGCGCACAGUUCGAGAGGCAAGCCCCGUCGCGGCAUGAUGCGCCGGGCAGUCUUCUCGGACCUGCAACGCAAAGGUCUGGAGAAGCGCUUCCAAGUCCAGAAGUACAUCUCCAAGCCGGACAGGAAGAAGCUGGCGGAGAAACUGGGGCUGAAGGACAGUCAGGUAAAGAUCUGGUUCCAGAACCGUCGCAUGAAGUGGCGUAACUCGAAAGAGCGGGAACUCCUUGCCUCCGGAGGGUCUCGGGAGCAGACCUUGCCCAACAAAAACAAUCCUCACCCUGACCUCUCUGAUGCUGAGGCUGACAAGCCCAAGAUGUCGCCGCUAUCGCCCAUACAGGACGACCAAAGCGACGACAUGAAGAGCAAAAUGUAUGCUGCAUCUUCGAGCUGUCAAAAUGACAGUUACAGGUACGAAGACAAAAUGGCCGCUGGGCUCUUUACGCGGGAACAGCAGUUUUCAAACAUGGACGACGCAGAUGACUUUGACAGUGACGCGAGCGCAUCAGAUGAAGAAAUUAAUGUAACAUGACGUGUUUUUGCGUAGAAUUUUUGUAUAUUCUAACGUAGUGUUAAUAUUAUUAUAGUUUGUAUAUUUCCUGAUCGGGAUUUGUAAGGAAUUAUUUAAUAAAAUUUAAUUAUGAAUAUUGACGAAUAGGUAUGUAAA